AUGUACUUAAGCGCACUAGAUCUGUGGUGAAAUGUUCGAAGAACAAGCGACGGAAGAAUUAAUGCCAUCCGAAUUGGGCACUAAAGAAUACUGGAAUGAGGCAUAUUUGGUUGAGAAGAAAAACUUCAUUGAGUAUGGAGAUGUUGGAGAAGUAUGGUUUGGAGAAGACAGCGCUCUCAGGAUUGUGAGAUGGCUGUGUUCCAGUGAUUUAGUAAAGCAAGAUGACAGUAUUAUUGAUUUGGGUUGUGGAAAUGGAAUGCUGUUGGUGGAAUUGGCUCGUGAAGGUUUCAUUAACCUUACUGGAGUAGACUAUUCACAAAAUGCUAUUGAUUUAGCUGAGUCAAUAAUGAAAAUGCAAAACCUGACAAUCAGAUAUGAGGUGCGUGACAUUCUGAGUAUAGAUGACACCGUAAUGUCGAGAGAAUAUGCUGUUGCUCUUGAUAAAGGAACUUAUGAUGCUGUAAGCCUUCAUCCAGAAGAUUCCAAAGAGAAGAGAGAAAAAUACAUAUUAAAUGUAUGGAAAUUGUUAAAGCCACAAGGCUUGUUAGUCAUAACUUCGUGCAACUGGACUGAGAAAGAGCUAAUCCUACACUUCAGUACAAAAUUUUGUCUUCUCAGUGUAAUUCCAACCCCAACAUUCCAAUUUGGUGGAAAAACAGGCAAUGUAAUCUCGUCUCUUGUGCUGCAAAAGAAAUAAUAGUCGUGGAAAAAUCAGAGGGCCUAUUUCCCCUUGUCCCACCUGCACCAUGAUGGUUACCACUACUUUACAGUGAUAUAAUAAACAGCUGGCUGUUAUCUGAAUGAAAUGAGACAGUAAAUCAGCUGGUCUGAUUAUGAUUGCUUGUAAUGUGUGUUUUCUAGGUCAGUGGUAACAAAACUUCAAUAAGGAGUUGCUUAUUCAGAUGCCUUAUAUCUAAGCAGUCUUGAGUGGCUGUGCAAUUAGUGGCUUCUCAAGAAGGGCUCAGCUCCGUGAAGUUAGUUUAAUUAGUUAUAUCUGAGCAGAAUAAGUGAGAUCAUUGUACACUACACUUACUGUGUGUAAGACACUGCAGCAUUGCUACAAAUUGUUGUACCCUUUUACUGGAAAAAAGUGACCUUAGCAUAAGAGAAACUUUAUACGGAAUAAAAGGCAAUGCGAAGUACACUGAUCCAGGACAGAGGGGUUUACCAGAAACAUGUGAGAUUUGAAAUUUGCUAAGUGGUGAGUAUAAAGAGUACUAUAUCCUGGGAUGUAAUGCCAUAUUUGUUUAGUCUGGUAGAUAUUUACUGAUGUUGCAGAGGACAAACUGCCAUCAUUUUCAGGAUUUAAAAGUAAAAAUCUGCUUUCUGCUUGCUUGCUUGCAUACUCUUCAACUUGAAGAUGGAGGCAGUACAUUUCUCCAAACACUUGUAAACAUCUACCAAGCCACAC